GAAAGAGGAGAGAGCAUUAGCCCUGGAUUCCUUUGUUGCUCUUACUUUUUCCCUCUGGGCCUCUCUUCUCCCUUGGCCUCUCGUGGUCUCCUUGAUUGAGGUAGCGGGAGGUAGUUAUAAUAGUUUACAGUAUUAUAACUAUAAUGCUAUUAUAAUAACCAGUUAUAAUAGCUAGCUGUGUGACCUUGGAUUGGCUGUUUAUCCUGAGUCUCAGUGUUCUCAUCUGUAAGAUGGCAAUAAUGAUGAUUCUCAUUUUGCAGAGUUGUUGGAAAAGUAACCAUGGAAUGUUUGUGAGUUCCUGUCUUGCAUCAGGGGCUCAUUAAAAACAGGUGUAUUUUCAUCUUUUUUUUUUUUUUCCCCUUUUCUUGGGUUGAAGACCUGGAGCCCUCUCAAUUUUCUUUUUUAUUGUUGAUUUGGCCCCAAAGGCCCCUCUGUACUUCCUCCAGGGCAUUUGUAUUUCAUCCUUAAAAGACUUUUGCUGAGGACCUAGCCUGAUGUCAUGGAGCUCACAGUCUCGCAGGACAACAGCAUAGCCCUGGUGAAGUGUGGUGGCUCUUCUGUCACCUGCCCUGUGUGGGAGCAGCCAGAGGUGGGGAUGGGGCUUUCACUCUGAGGAGGGAGCAUUUGGUUUGACUCCUGGAUGCCAGAGCAGAGGUGGAAAGGAUUGAGGAGCAGGCGGAAGGGCACCUAGAGAGAUUUAUGAGGUGUUGGGAGGAUAGUGAGAGCUGCUGCGGCCACCUGGGCUCCCACCCGCAGAGUCUCAGGUGUCACCUCGGCCUCCGUGGCCCCUCAGACUAUGACUGCCCUGCCUUCACAUCCCGAGCCUCAGGAUUUCUGUGUGGGUGGCAGGUGCUUUCGGAACAGAUGCCCUUCCGCCUAGUGUGUGCCCUGCUAGUACAGCGGGGGCCAACAUGCUUCAUGCUCCCUGUCAGGGUGGACUGGCGUGCACACGUCCUUCAGCAGUGUCCUCGGGCCAGGUGUGGCACUGAGUCCUGCAGACACCCAGGGAGGAGGCACCGGGUCAGAAAUCUGGGGCAGGUGAGGAACAUGGGCAUCUGCGUCAGGAGAUACUUCCUCUGUAAAAUCCCCACCUGGGGCCAUCAUGGCCUGCAUUUUGUAUGAAUACACUUCUGAAGUUAUAAAACGUCAGUGGGAAAGAAAAGCUUCAGGGUAGCUUUGCUAAAGCUUCAGUUUGAUUCUGUGACCAUUUACUGAGUUGUGAUGAUACCAAGGACACAGGAGGAAUGGGACUUCUCUCUUCAAGGACUUGGCCAGUGAGCAGUUCAACACAAGACAGGUGACAAAUACUGUGACCAAGGGAAGCACAGAGGCCAUGUGAGCCUGGGGCCUGGACCCUGGGAGCACCUAGGAAGCCCUCCUGGAGGAGGUGGCCCUUUAGCUGGUAUUGGUCAGGUGUCUUCUGCUUGAAAGUCGUGGGCGGCUGUAUGAUUUCCUGUGGCUCCUGUAAGAAAGUCCAACAGACUUGGUUGCUUAAAAGUAGCACAAAUUUAUUCUUUUCCAGUUAGGGAGGUCAGCAGUCCAAAGUCGGCUCUCCCUGUGGUGGCCCCUGGGGCUCUGGGCUGGCAUGGUGUGGGCAGUUGUGGGCAUUGGAGGAGAGACAGCCUGGGCUCAAGUCUCCCGGGGGAGACUGAUGGCUCAGUGUGGGCCAUGUGUUCCUCCUUGAACCAAUCACUGCAGACCUCUGGCUGGAAUUGGUUGGGGAGCAGCCCUCCCCACACAUGGAGUUGGGUGAGGGUCCUCUACAAAACAAGGGAAGUUGAGCAACAAAAAUAGCCCACAGAGAACAAAAAACAACAAACCAGCGUGUGUGCCUGCUGGAUUCACACAGGACCGGACUGAGUCUGGUCCUCUGAGGAGUACCUGGCCCACAUGCAGCAUCUGGGUACACUGUGGGUGGACGCAGGACCCUGAGCCAAGGAUGCAGCAUCUGGGUGCACUGUGGGUGGAGGCAGGACCCUGGGCAAAGGUCCCUCUCAGGCUACCUGGUCAUGUCCUCUCGAUUCCCACACAUGCUGGGAGCGUGCAGAGGGUGAACCAUUAGCACAACUCUUCUCAAACUUUUUGGUCUCAGAUCCCUUUACCCUUUAAAAGAUUAUUGAGGACCCCAAAGAACUUUUGUUUAUGUGAGUUGUGUCUACCAAUGUUUACUGCCAUAGAAAUUACAACUGAGAAAUGUUAAAAAUAUUAAUUUAUUUAAAAAUAACAAGGCCAUGACAUGUUAACAUAAAAACAUUUUUUUUACAAAAACCAACUAUAUUAUCCAAAACAAAAAAAAAACAACAAAUUUAAAAGAGUGGGAUUCUUUUGCAUUUUUGCAAAUGUCUUUACAGUCUCCUUAAGAGAGGACAGCUGAAGGCUCCUGUCUGCUUCUGUACUCAGCGUCUGUAUUGGCCUGUGUUGCCUUGGUUGAAGUAUGUGAAGGAAGUCCCUCCCGAUCUAGUUGGGAGGACUCUCUUAGGUCAUUGUGGAUAUUCUUUGCUGCUGCACUGAAACCCCACGAGCAGGAGUUUCUUAAGGAUUUGUUUAAAGCGGAGUCUCCACCACGUGAAUGAACUCUUCGUGCUCUGACGUUAAAGUCCUUUGGUCAGUCUUGCACUUUGGGUAGAUGUUUUAUUCUCGCAGGAUUUUGUACCAUUACGCAUUGUUCAGAAAAUAUUGGUUCAUGGAGUCAUGCAGACCUUCCAACUAUUGACACAUUUAAUGGUGUAACCUUAGACGAUCACGUUAUUUCACUGCCCGUCUCAUCAGGGAAGUCUUGAAGAAGUGUGAAGCUGGUAGGCUCAAGGUGGAGGAUACAAACGUUUUCAAUUCUAAUGUUUGCUUGGAAGCUCCAUUUUUAUUACGGUUGUUUUCCCAGAAAUGACACGCUCACUUUGCUCACACUUGAGAAGAUGUAUGCCAAGUACCCAUGUUUUGUCUCUCAGUCACUCUUAGUGAAAAUGGUGUUGAAUAAAAAAAGCGGUGCGUUCAACGUGCAGCCCAGUCACAGCAAGGCUUCCCCCGGGGGCGACUGUUGCCCUUCUGUUUGCACCAGAAAUGCUUGUGUAUUUUCCAUUUUGUCUAACAAAAUUAAGAACGUGUCUACUGAAAGGUCAAGAUAUAAUAAGAUUAGUAGUUUUCCUGGCUUCACCACCGAUGUUCUUACUUGAAGCUGCCUUGUUCUUUUCUGUGAGAGGUUGGGAGGACCUCACUCAACCCAACCAGCCUUGGGUCGAGUGAGGCCCCAGUGGCUUUGCUUGCUGCUGCCUCUGCCCCACCGCGCCACUGUAGUGAAGGAGAUAACACCUGGUGUCAGGAAAAUCGUUUUGACCUUGUAGAGCCCUGACAGGGUCCUGUUAAACCUUGGGUUUGGGGAAUGGACUUAGAGAGCUGCUGUCUUAGAAGGCCAAACCCACUGCUUUUUCUCCUUACUCGCCAUUUUAGUAUAUGGAAUUCAACCUCUUCUCGAGGUUCAGAUCUUUGGAUUCUGUGUCGGCUAGAGAAGAUUUAGAUCCUGGGCUCGCUGGACGGGAUCAGAUAACACUCAAAAUCGGCCAGGACCCACCAAGAAGCUGGUCAUCCGGGAAGCCCACGGGACCCUCAGGCGGGCAGGAUGAACGACUGGCACAGGAUCUUCACCCAAAAUGUGCUUGUCCCUCCCCACCCACAGAGAGCACGCCAGCCUGUGAAGGAAUCCACAGCUUUCCAGUGUGUCCUCAAGUGGCUGGACGGACCGAUAAUUAGGCAGGGAGUGCUGGAGGUGCUGUCAGAGGUUGAAUGCCAUCUGCGAGUGUCUUUCUUUGAUGUCACCUACCGGCACUUCUUCGGGAGGACGUGGAAAACCACAGUGAAGCCGACGAAGAGGCCACCGUCCAGGAUCGUCUUUAAUGAGCCCUUGUAUUUUCACACAUCCUUAAACCACCCUCAUAUCGUGGCUGUGGUGGAAGUGGUCGCUGAGGGCAAGAAACGGGAUGGGACCCUCCAGACAUCGUCCUGUGGAUUUGGAAUUCUUCGGAUCUUCAGCAACCAACCGAACUCCCCUACCUCUGCUUCCCAGGACAAAAGGUUGCGGCUGUACCAUGGCACCCCCAGAGCCCUCCUGCACCCGCUUCUCCAGGACCCCGCAGAGCAAAACAAACACAUGACCCUCAUUGAGAACUGCAGCCUGCAGUACACGCUGAAGCCACACCCGGCCCUGGAGCCUGCGUUCCACCUUCUUCCUGAGAACCUUCUGGUGUCUGGUCUGCAGCAGAUCCCUGGCCUGCUUCCAGCUCAUGGAGAAUCCGGCGACGCUCUCCGAAAGCCUCGCCUCCAGAAGCCCAUCACGGGGCACUUGGACGACUUAUUCUUCACCCUGUACCCCUCCCUCGAGAAGUUUGAGGAAGAGCUGCUGGAGCUCCACGUCCAGGACCACUUCCAGGAGGGAUGUGGCCCACUGGACGGUGGUGGCCUGGAGAUCCUGGAACGGCGCCUGCGUGUGGGCGUGCACAACGGUCUGGGCUUCGUGCAGAGGCCGCAGGUCGUUGUACUGGUGCCUGAGAUGGAUGUGGCCUUGACGCGCUCAGCCAGCUUCAGCAGGAAAGUGGUCUCCUCUUCCAAGACCAGCUCUGGGAGUCAAGCUCUGGUUUUGAGAAGCCGCCUCCGCCUCCCGGAGAUGGUCGGCCACCCUGCGUUUGCGGUCAUCUUCCAGCUGGAGUACGUGUUCAACAGCCCUGCAGGAGUGGACGGCAAUGCGGCUUCGGUCACCUCUCUGUCCAACCUGGCGUGCAUGCACAUGGUCCGCUGGGCUGUUUGGAACCCCUUGCUGGAAGCCGGUUCUGGAAGGGUGACUCUGCCUCUGCAGGGCGGGAUCCAGCCCAACCCCUCGCACUGUCUGGUCUACAAAGUACCCUCAGCCAGCAUGAGCUCUGAAGAGGUGAAGCAGGUGGAGUCCGGUACAGUCCGGUUCCAGUUCUCACUGGGCUCAGAAGAACACCUGGAUGCACCCGCGGAGCCUGUCAGCGGCCCCAAGGCGGAGCGGCAGCCUGCCAGGAAACCACCCAUGUCCCCUUCCAGCCUGCCAGCGCCAGCACCUCGAGGUCUCGCUGCCCCGCAGGACUCGCCUGUGGGACCAGGGUUGUCGAUUUCCCAGCUGGCGGCCUCCCCGCGGUCCCCGACUCAGCACUGCGUGGCCAGGCCUACUUCACAGCUGCCCCAUGGCUCUCCGGCCUCCCCGACUCAGGCACAGGAGUUCCCGUUGGAGGGCGGUAUCUCCCACCUGGAAGCUGACCUGAGCCAGACCUGCCUGGUCCCGGAAACCUCCAUCGCCGAACAGUUACAGGAGCUGCCGUUCACGCCUUUGCAUGCACCUAUUGUUGCGGGAACACAGACCAGGAGCUCUGCAGGGCAGCCCUCGAGAGCCUCCAUGGUGCUCCUGCAGUCCUCCGGCUUUCCCGAGAUUCUGGAUGCCAAUAAACAGCCAGCUGAGGCCAUCAACCCUACAGACCCCGUGACGUUUAACCCUCAGAAGGAGGAAUCGGAUUGUCUACAAAGCAACGAGAUGGUGCUACAGUUUCUUGCCUUUAGCAGAGUGGCCCAGGACUGCCGAGGAACAUCAUGGCCAAAGACUGUGUAUUUCACCUUCCAGUUCUACCGCUUCCCACCCGCAACAACGCCACGACUGCAGCUGGUCCAGCUGGAUGAGGCCGGCCAGCCCGGCUCCGGUGCCCUGACCCACAUCCUCGUGCCUGUGAGCAGAGACGGCACCUUUGAUGCCGGGUCUCGUGGCUUCCAACUGAGGUACAUGGUGGGCCCUGGGUUCCUGAAGCCAGGUGAGCGACGCUGCUUCGCCCACUACCUCGCCGUGCAGACCCUGCAGAUCGACGUUUGGGACGGAGACUCCCUGCUGCUCAUCGGAUCUGCCGCCGUCCAGAUGAAGCAUCUCCUCCGCCAAGGCCGGCCAGCUGUGCAGGCCUCCCAUGAGCUUGAGGUUGUGGCAACCGAAUAUGAGCAGGACACCAUGGUGGUGAGUGGAGACGUGCUGGGGUUUGGCCGCGUCAAGCCCAUCGGUGUCCACUCGGUGGUGAAGGGCCGGCUGCACCUGACCUUGGCCAACGUGGGUCACCUGUGUGAACAGAAAGUGAGAGGUUGUAGCACAUUGCCACCAUCCAGAUCUCGGGUCAUCUCAAAUGAUGGAGCCAGCCGCUUCUCUGGAGGCAGCCUCCUCACAAGUGGAAGCUCAAGGCGAAAACACGUGGUGCAAGCGCAGAAGCUGGCGGACGUGGACAGUGAGCUGGCCGCCAUGCUGCUGACCCAUGCCCGGCAGGGCACGGGGCCCCGGGACGUCGGCCGCGAGUCGGAUGCCACCCGCAGGCGUAAACUGGAGCGGAUGAAGUCUGUGCGCCUGCAGGAGGCCGGGGGAGAGUUGGGCCCGCGCGGGACGAGCGUGUUGGCCCAGCAAAGCGUCCGCACACAGCACUUGCGGGACCUACAGGUCAUCGCCGCCUACCGGGAGCGCACGAAGGCAGAGAGCAUCACCAGCCUGCUGAGCCUGGCCAUCACCACGGAGCACACACUCCACGCCACAGUGGGGGUCGCCGAGUUCUUUGAGUUUGUGCUUAAGAACCCCCACAACACACAGCACACGGUGACCGUGGAGAUCGACAACCCUGAGCUCAGCGUCAUCGUGGACAGUCAGGAGUGGAGGGACUUCAAGGGUGCUGCUGGCCUGCACACGCCGGUGGAGGAGGACAUGUUCCACCUGCGCGGCAGCCUGGCCCCCCAGCUCUACCUGCGCCCCCACGAGACCGCCCACAUCCCCUUCAAGUUCCAGAGCUUCUCUGCUGGGCAGCUGGCCAUGGUGCAGGCCUCUUCUGGAUUGAGCAACAAGAAGGGCACAGACGCCGUGUCACCUUGGAAGUCCAGCGCAGUGCCCGCUAAACACGCCAAGGUCUUGUUCCGAGCGAGUGGCGGCAAGCCCAUCGCCGUGCUCUGCCUGACGGUGGAGCUGCAGCCCCACGUGGUGGACCAGGUCUUCCGCUUCUACCACCCGGAGCUCUCCUUUCUGAAGAAGGCCAUCCGCCUGCCGCCCUGGCACACGCUUCCAGGUGCUCCGGUGGGAAUGCUUGGUGAGGACCCCCCGGUCCACGUUCGCUGCAGCGACCCGAAUGUCAUCUGUGAGACCCAGAAUGUGGGCCCCGGGGAGCCGCGGGACGUGUUUCUGAAGGUAGCCAGUGGUCCGAGCCCGGAGAUCAAAGACUUCUUUGUCAUCAUUUACUCGGAUCGCUGGCUGGCGACACCCACACAGACGUGGCAGGUCUACCUCCACUCCCUGCAGCGCGUGGAUGUCUCCUGCGUCGCAGGCCAGCUGACCCGCCUGUCCCUUGUCCUUCGGGGGACGCAGACAGUGAGGAAAGUGAGAGCUUUCACUUCGCACCCCCAGGAGCUGAAGACAGACCCCAAAGGUGUCUUCAUGUUGCCGCCUCAUGGGGUGCAGGACCUGCAUGUUGGUGUGAGGCCCCUCAGGGCUGGCAGCCGCUUCAUCCACCUCAACCUAGUGGACGUGGAUUCCCACCAGCUGGUGGCCUCCUGGCUCGUGUGCCUCUCCUGCCGCCAGCCGCUCAUCUCCAAGGCCUUUGAGAUCACGUUGGCUGUGGGCGAAGGGAAGGGUGUCAACAAGAGGAUCACCUACACCAACCCCUACCCCUCCCGGAGGACGUUCCACCUGCACAGCGACCACCCGGAGCUGCUGCGGUUCAGGGAGGACUCCUUCCAGGUUGCGGGUGGAGAGACCCACACCAUCGGCCUGCAGUUUGCGCCUAGUCAGAGAGUGGGGGAGGAGGAGAUCCUGAUCUACAUCAAUGACCAUGAGGACAAGAACGAAGAGGCAUUUUGCGUGAAGGUCAUCUACCAGUGAGGGCUUGAGGGUGACAUCCUUCCUGGGGCACCUGGCUGGGGCCUGUCUGCCCCUCCUGCCCUGCAGGCCGUCCUCCCCGCCUCUCCGCAGCCUUUGACCUCAGGGCCCACCACUUGGCUGAGGAAGCAGAGAGCACGCGCUGGUCAUUUUGUAGUACCUGCGUCCGGCUUAGCUGCUGCUGACACCCAGCAGGCCUGGGUUCCGUGAGCGUGAACUCCGUGGCGUGGCUCUGGUUCUGGUGCUGCCGUCUGCACACGUGGGACCCUCAUUAUCUCUGUUGCUCAAAAUGUAUUUUAUGAGUCAUCCUAAAUGAUAAAAUUAUGUUUUUCUUACUGGAUUUUGUACAAACAAUCUAUUAUUUGCUAUGCAAUAUUUUAUGCUGGUAUUAUAUCUAUUUUUUAAAUUGUUGAACAAAAUACUAAACUUUUACAUGUCA